AUGGGAGCGACGGCUUCGCAAGAAUUUUCGACUGACAAGGAUCUCUCUCGACGUCGAGCCUUCACCAUGCUGAACGAAAAAAAGCGCUCUGGCUCAACUUUGGAGAUACCUCACGAAAGACUUGCUCCUCGACUCAGCUGUCCAAGCUACAUGACUGAGUACGAUGUGAAGCAGCUGAUGUCCCGUAGUCGUAGCAACACUCUCGCCAGCUCGACUGGCGACAGCGAGGAGCACGAAAUGAUUGAGACGAUGCGCCAGAAGUUCAGCGUGGCCAACGAGAACGAUAACGUCUACCACCAUCGCAGUCUCAGCUCCACCAAGUCCAACGGGAGCAACGAUUCCGGCGUUUCUUCUAGAGGCCACUCACCGCCUAGUUCGCUUUACGGUGGUCUUGAGUCUUUGCCACCGUACAUUCCACCUCGAUCUUCUUCAUUCGAAGAAGAUGAGAAUGCGGAGACGCCAAUCGUUUCGGACUUGCCAACGCCUAUUGUAAUUCCACAGUCGGUCUCUGCUUUCGAAGUCGAAGUCAAGAAAAAGAAUCCUACCAAGUUCAAGAAGAUCUUCGCCAAGCGAGUCUUCAAGCGUCGUACUUCUUCAAUCUCCGAAGAGUCGCGCCGUCGAUCCAAGUCACUCGGUGCUGUAAUGCGACCAUCCUUCAUUCCAGGUAUGUUUCGUCUUCAAAAGCUCUCUUAGUUACUACUUCUUUUUUCUCCAAGUUUGCGCAGGCCGGAGACUAUUUGAUCAGGAAGACUCCCUUUUAACACGCUUGAAUAAGCUUUCCCUCUAAGCUAGACUUCUUCUUAAAAGGCUAUGGUUUGCGUGAAUUUAAUUAUCUUUCAAAUUCGUUUCCUCCGUGUUCGUAUCUUCAGCGAGAUUAGUUUCCUUUCAGCACUUGUGCUGCGUUUUUUGGUUGUUGACCCCUAGUGUCACGGGUGUAAUUUGAAAGGAUUAUGCUACUCUGAGGCUACGAAACAAUUUCAUUCCUUGUGAUAAACAAGUCGAUCAUAUCAGAUCUAAACAAAGCCUAGACAAAAUUACUAGCAGUCGCUAAGUCUACAACCGCCGAGCUUCGGAAAACUUUUCUAUUUUAGUAUUGAAGGUAAAUCGAGGAAUUAAAAAUUAAAAUGUUGAAAAAUAUCUAAAAAAGUUUGAAAUCUCUUGCCCGGUCAGGUAGAUUCAGCAAACGCGCACACUAAAUUUAAGUUUGACAACGUUUCGAUAGUUUUUUUCUGAACGAGCUAUGGAUCAUAAGAUUUUUGAGACUUCAGGAAUCGGACGACUGUUGGAGUUACGAUGAAAUGAGAAAAAAAACGAGUUAAUCUUCAAAUAUUUUUUAAAGGUCUAUUCAAGAAAGAGAAUACCGCGAUUUAAUAGAGGACUUCUAAAAAAGUUUUGGACGAAAUAGAAAAAUGUCUUUAUUGAUCCGCAUCUUGGAGCGAGCACGAGAUAGAAAGUCUAUCAAAAGUUCUUCACAGUGGAGUUCUCGAGUUGUUUUUUCCGUGGAGGUGUUUAUCGCCAAGGCUAUUUCUGCUGGCUCUGUGGUCCUUUUGUCCUUCUCACGACCGCCUGGGGCGCCGUUGGCUGCUUUCUCGGCGAAGGGAAGGGAGGGGCGGACCGCUUCCGAUCCUCUCUUUUUUAUUUCUUCGCACAGCCUUCUCUCACUUUUCUCAAAAUGUAAAUAUAUUGAAAAGAUGGAAGCUCUUCUCAAUUUCUGAGACGAAAUUUUUCAUCCAAGAAAAAGGCUGAAAUGCCUUUUUUCUAUCUCAAAUCUUUGAAUCCUCUCAAUCAUGUUAUUUUCUCGCUUUUUCUCAGAAAACUUUCCUCAGUCCUAAUUGAAUCAAUACGGUUGUUUCCGUAUAUUCAGUUUGUCAAUCUUUUUUAUUUUCCGAGAGAAAGCAUAUAGAGGCCUCAACGUCCGCUAAUUGGUCGUCGUUUUUCGGAAGCUUCUUUUUCCUUCGAUUUCUCUCAUCUUGUGGAUUAAUUUUUCUCACGGCCUUUUGUGUGUCGAAAUGCUCCCUGCCAAAACUAUAGAGGAUUUUCCGUCUUCGCCAGUGUCCUACAAAAAAAUGUUGGCGUCGCUGGUGGACAAGGUGCAGACGUCGACGAAUUCGAUCGCGUCGACCGUGUCACAGGCCUCUUCAGAAGACAUCUCGCCGUGUUUGAAGCACCUGGAAAGCAGCGUCCGUCGUCUGUCAGUUCCUCUCGGAAAGGCCCGCCAGUCCAGCCAGCGGCGCUUUUCUCACAUGGUUUCGGUUAUCGGUGAAGCCAUCGAUAAGGAGUUGCUCACGUCAGGUCUGUUCAAAACCGGCUGGACGACCGUUUCAGCGAUUGUCGAAUCCGUCUUCUAAUUGAUUUUUCGGCACUCGUAGACUCGUAAUUUUCUUCGAAGUUUUUCAUAUGGUGAUAGUCUGUUGGUAUGAAUAGAAAUCAUUCGUGAAUUACACGUAAAGUUCUACAUCUUCAACAUAGAGUUUGUGUCGAACCUGAAUCAUAGGAAAUCAGUGGGAUAACAUGAAUUUCUGAAUUUUUUUGAAUACAUUUUUUAGUUGAUUUUUUUUUUCAAGGCCAGGAAAAAUAGUCUGGAAAUUUGUAUUACUUCUUGAACUUUAUAGUGAGUCACCUGAAUAUCAGUAAACACUGUCCAAAAGUCUCAGCCAUUGUUAGAAAGUUGAGGCAAGAACCUCUGAAGUCCCUUAUAUUUUUAAAUUUUUGAAAAACGCACAUUAUGUGGCUGCAGCUGUAUGAAGAGGAAAAACGUUGAAAAGUUGUACACGAGUAAAGAAUAUACCCUAAAUCUGUGCUGAAAAGAAAGGAAACCGAUGUAUUUGAAAGCAAGAUUUCAGGAGACAAGCAGGCGCCGCUCUUCGGAUCAUCUCUCCUGAACCGAGAAUGGGAACUGGUGACAGUUUCGGAAAUGUGCCGUCGACUCUCCCUCGACCAGGAGAUCGAGAUGCCGAUCCCCGACGGCGCCGCUACGUCGCAAAUCCUUGAUGAACUCAUGAUCCGUCAGGUCAGCCUUUCAUCCGAAUUCGAGAGAUUCAUUUCUAUCUGCUUUUUUCACUCUCUCCCUUUUCAGAUCAUGGACAUAUUGCCUCCUCGAGCGGAAGGAUACCCCUGGGUUAACAUCUACAACUCGGAGAAACACGGAUUCUCGCUGACGACAAUGUACAGAAAGAUGGCGGAGUUCGACGAAGAUCUGUCGCCAGUGCUGUUGAUCAUCCGCGACACUAAGGAGCACGUUUUCGGCGCCGUCGUCUCGUCUGCCAUCAGGCCCAGCGAUCAUUUCACCGGCACCGGUGAUAGCUGUCUCCUCUGGAGGUUCACUGGAGAAGCGCCGCACACCAGGUACUUCGAAUCUUCCAAUUGUUCUUUUUUAUUCACGAUUUUUGAAAAAAUUUAGGAGAAUGUGUUUAAAAAAUAAGCAACGGAGAUAACGGCGCGAAAAUAGGCUUUUGAAGGAGUUGCGGUUUUUUUGAGUGGGCCAUUUUAUUUGCAAUGAAAGGCUCUACAAGAUACCGCUUUGACCUAAAAUCCCGUAUUCUGACUGCUUUUGAGCAUAGGGCUCGGCAGUUUUUAUGAUUCCGUGACCCUUUGUAGGCUCGGCGAGUUAUUAGUGUUUCUAUACCUCAAAAAAAGUUUUCGCAGUUAACAGCUAUGAGAAAAUUUUAUAAUAUUUCAAGCUUUAUGGUUUAUCUUUUGUCUAUAGAGGACUUUUAAUUUUUUUUUGAAUAUUCUGAACUUUCGAAGACUUCAAUUUUUCUCAGUACUAAAGAUGCAUUUUGAGGGAGCUGCGCCAUUACAAGUGGACGGGCGACAAUCAGUUCUUCGUAAACUCUUCUCGCGACUCUCUUUCCGUCGGCGCAGGUGGCGGUCACAACGGCCUUUGGCUAGACGGUAUUUUCUUUAUUCAAUCUCACAGUGUUCCCAAACGGACGGCAGCUGUGGUCAGUAGGCGUGGCUGACUGCAACAGCGGCACGGUUUAUUGCAAUAGGGGCGCGGGGAUGAGAGUCCAGUUUUGUGGAUUUAGUGGUUGGAAAAAGACCAUUAAAUGAUGUUUUUCCUAGGUUCUCGCAAGUUUUCAAAGAUUUUUAAUGUGUUUUAAAUUAUAACGAACAAACUUAAAUGAAAAAAGAGACGAAAAAGUUUUUGCAAAACAAUAUAUCUCCCAAAAUGUCGUUUUUUAGGAAAACUCGUCAAAUCGAACUUACAAAGGGAAAAUUGAGAAAAAGCUCAGAGCACUUCUCUUAAGAAAUACCAUUGGAACGUUUUAAAACAAAAACAGAUACAUAAUAGCUUGUGCGAAUAAAGUUGUCACCCAAAAUGACAUUUUCAAGAAUAAAUUCGUCGAAUACUGCCUCGAAAAAAAAAUUUUGAGAGAAAUCUCAAAGCGUUUCUCUUAAGAAAGUUCAUUUGAAAAUUCUAGAACAAAAAAACAAACGAAAUAUCUUAUGCGAAAAAAGUUGUCAUCAAAAAUGUCAUUUUAAUGCGAAUUUCUGUGAAGAAAAAAUUGAAAAUCACUUCAAAUCUUUGGAAACGCGAUAAACACGUUUUAAGAACACAUACAAUGUGAAAAAAUACGAAAGAAUGGUAAAAUACGCAAUAAAAAGAUAAAAAACCGUAUUAAAAGUGAAUGAAAUUUUGUGGGGGUGACACGCGCCGCACCGCGUUGCGUUAGAAAAAACUCGCGUUUUCGCCCCAUUGCGACGACCUUUUUUUUUCGCUUGCCGCCGUCUCUUUUGGAACACUGUGAAUCUCACUUUUAAUAACGUCGGAAAGCGGCUAUCUAACGACAUUAGUCGUUUACAUCCGGCCGAAAGUUUUGCCGCCACUUAUCUUGCUUUGACUCAUUUUUCCUCGGCUCAAUUUUCGGAACUCUUUCUUUAAAAACGACUUGAAGAAUUAUAUAAAGAUGGGGAAAAGAAUUUUAUUCUUUCAGCCGACCUGAACCACGGCAGAUCCCAGCGCUGCGACACAUUCGACAACGAACCUCUGUCCGGCGACAGCGAAGAUUUUGUCAUCCAGUUCAUCGAAGCGUACGGCUUCCGCAUCUGAGCCCUACUGCCUUUGUCGCCAGCCGACCAUGACGAGUCACUUGCCCUAGCACAAUAUUUCCCUUGGUCCUUGCCUUCUAGAUUCCGUGAAAUUAAUUUAUUAUGAUUUCUCACUUUGAUUCGGUCGCAUUUUCGCGACCACUACCUUUUUUCUUUGUUCAAUAAUAUCGACGUCGGCGAAAAGGCUAUGUCACCUUUUUGAUGGUUUCGUUUUUUUUUUUCUCAGAAAACAAGAUUGUUGUCAGAAGUGAACAGCCGACGCAAUUGUGAUGCUUCUUACAGGUAUCUUUUUCUCUUGGAAAUUAGUUUUUUUUCUCUGAUGUAAUUAUUCUUAUCGUUAAAAAGGUCAUUAUUUUGAUUGUUGAUUUAGAAAAUAUACGCGAAUGUGAUUUUUCUUUUCUGUUGUUACUUUCUCCAUAUGUACAGUUUAGCGUGGAUUAAUAAUCUUUGAUUUUAGUUAUUGUGGUAUGUUUGGUUCAACUCCUUUUUUGAAAAGUCCCAAAAUUCAGAUUUCGUCGAGCUUGAGUGA